AUGACAGUUCAUGAUAAAGAUACAGAAAUUCUUGAAACUCGUGAAACAACAAAAAAAGAUUGUCAACAAACAAAAUUAUGUUCAAUUCAAAAAGAUAUCGAUAUGAAUGAUGAAUUAAAAGAUCGUAUUAAACAAUUAGAAAAUGAAUUAAAAGAUCAACGUUAUACUGAUCGAAAUACAAUUUAUGAACUUGAAAAUUGCGUAGCUGAUUUACAAAAGAAUAUUCUGUUACAACAAAUCUCUAUUGUCAUUCUUGAUCGAACCAUAAGACGAAACUUAACUUCACCAUAG